UUCUCUGGUGCCGUAGAUCCCCAUCCCCGAGCCAUGGUUCACUCCCUGAGCCCCUGCACCGACGGCAGCGCCUCCCCCUGCGGCGUGGCCGUGCCCCAGCCCGUGGCCGACUCCUGCAACGAGCCCUGUGUCCGGCAGUGCCCCGACUCCACGGUGGUCAUUUACCCUCCCCCGGUGGUCGUCACCUUCCCCGGGCCCAUCCUCAGCACCUUCCCGCAGCAGAGCGUCGUGGGGUCCGCGGGAGUCCCCGAAGUCACAGCCGGAGCUGGAGCCGGUGUCGGAGCCGGUGUUGGAGGUGCUUUCGGUGCCGCCCGAACCCCUGGAGCUUCCCAAGUUUGUGGUGGGGCCAGGUGGGCCCGGGGGUACCCAGUUGGGAGCUGCAGACCCUGCUGCUAAAGCCGGGGCACGGCCGCUGGAAGAGGGUGGCCGGCAGGACGCGGAUCCGCGGCUGAGCUCCGGAGCACGGCGUUCAGGGAGAGCUGAGCAUUUGGGGCGGCAUUAAAAGCAUCUGUGGAUGUUUGAAUGCCUCAAAAAUCCAUCCCCAUCCUUCUACCUUUCCUGAUUUUCUGUCUGUAAAGCUUUCCUCUCUUUCCAAGACCUCUGUUCUCAAAGCUAUGGACUGUUCCUGAUUCCCUGGUGGUUUUUUUGGGAUCUUUGUGGUUUCCCACUGUCAGUAGGUUUAGAUUACAUUUUAGGGAGAAAUUAGGAGGGAGUUUUUCCUGUGAGGCCCUGGCACAGGGCGCCCAGAGAAGCUGUGGCUGCCCCAUCCCUGGAAGUUUCCAAGGCCAGGUUGGAUGGGGCUCGGAGAAACCUGGAAUAGUGGGAGAUUCCCUGCCCAUGGCAGGGGUGGAGCUGGAUCACCUUUAAAAUCCCACCCAAACCGUUCUGUGCUUCUGUGACUGUGGCAAAGUCAAGGAUCUCAUCCGAGAUCCACUUCAGAUCUAUUUUUAAGCUCUUUCCAUGGCUACUGAUGGAUAAAAACGGUUCUGCAGUGCCCCAGCCCCUGCUCUGCUGCCGUGCUGCGUGAUCAGGGCUGGGUAUCACCACAGGAGAAGCAACCCCAGACGUUCCCUGAGUCACUCUUGUGGGCAAUUUGUAACCUGUGCUGUGUCUCACCCGUUCCUCCUCAUUAAACCAGA